AUGUGGCGCGCGCGCGCGCCGCAGCGGGUCAUCACCAAGGCUAGACAGGAGGAGAAGAAACUCAAAGCCGCCGACAACCCGAAGGGGCAGCCUCCUUCGCGCAGCGGUGGCAACGGCGGAGGCAGGCUUGAUUCGUCACAGCUGGCGCCAUGGGCCUCGUCGAAGCUUGAGAAGGAGUUGGUGGCGCUGCGCAAGCAGGUCCAGCAGCUCAAUAUGGAGAAGAACAAGGACCCUGCCCCACCUCAGGCAGCCCCCACUGGCGUGUCUGACGCGGCCAUGGAGGUUGAUGAAGGCUCGGCAGGGGCCAAGGACACGACGGCGACGGCGUUGCAGCGGAGUGCUAUUCAGAACAAGAUCGGCCACUACGAGCUGUUCGUCAAGUCCCUCGCCCUCUACGAAGACAGUGAAGCUGAGCAGCUACAGACGGCCAAGAAGCAGCUGGGAGUGCUUCGAGUACAGCUACGUGAGCUACGUCCGCCGUCCACGGCACACAAGGUCGCAACGCAGAAGCUCGAGCGCUGCCGUACCCAGCUCGAUCGCUACCGCACCGAGGCUGCUGACCGACGCGAGAAGAUCGCUAAGUUACAAGAGGAGUUGGACACGAAAGAGGCCGCCAUCGUUCAGAAGGAGGCUGGGAUUGUCCAGCUCACCAUGGAGGUGCGCACCUGUGCCGAGGCGCUGUCGAAGCAGCGCGGCGAGCCCGUCACGGCGGCGACGAACCCUGCGUCCGCCCCCGUGCUCUCGCCCGACUUCUUGCAAGUGGAUAUGCCCGAGCCUGAAGGCCAGCCUGACCUCAAGCUCUUCUACCAGCAGUUCACCACUGACCCAAGGUUCAGCUCGCUCCAGCAGAUGCUGGCCAAGCACGUCAAGGUCAGCAUGGUCCCGCAGCAGCCGUCUCUUGUUCAGCCUGCUGGUGGCACUGAUGAUGAUCAUGAGUUGGGUGACAAGGCUGACGUCGUCAAGCGCGGAGCCGAGCCCACACUCGGCAUGGAUGACGUUCGAAAGAUGUACGAGGAGUUCAAGAAGGCAGGCACUGUCACAGCGCGGGGUGUGCCUAACCACCAGCCCCGCGUGAGCGGGCUGCGGCUGCGACGAGGCGAGCUUCUACGUGAUGGUGCGCCGCUGAGCUCCCAGCAGUCGCACUUGCUCGAGACCUUGAAUGCCAAUCAGGGAAAACCCACUCUGAAGCGACGGCUUGAACGGACGCAGGCGCUGGUGGUGCUAGUUCAGGAGACUGGAUAUCAUGGGUAUGAAGUUGAGGAGCUUCAAUCUUGGGCAGGUGCCCGUGGCUGGCAAGUGAUCACCGUUGCAGGCAGUCCGACCGAAGACUACCUGCCUUCCGCUGGCGUGGCGGUCUUCGCUCGCAGCGAGGUCGGGCUGCGCUGGCCUGACGGCUACAGCUCGUCGAUGUUGGUGCCGCAGCGUGCCCAGCACGUCAUUGUUGAUUUACCUGGAUGGGAGCUCAUGCAUAUCUUCAAUAUCUAUGUGCAUACGGCUGAGGGCAUGACGGUGCGCAAUGCGCGUAUCCUGUGCUCUGUAGGCGAAGCCAUGUUUCGCAUUCUCGCCCCGUGCAUCAUCGGCGGCGACUGGAACAUGCCUGCCAGUGAGGUGGAGGACUCCACUUUCCCAGCCAACGCGCAAGUCAACUUGGUAGUUCCGACGGCUAUCACAUGCCGCACUGCCCGCUCGUGUUCCACGUUAGAUUUCUUUGCGUUGAGUUCUGCAGCGAUGCGUUCGCUCAAAUGUGUUUCAGCAGAGAUGGCGUGGUCAAUCAAGCCUCAUCGACAUGUUCAGUUGCAGCUUGCAGUUGAUGGGCAGUCUCUGCAGUACCUUGCUUACGGCAUGGCGCCUAAGAUCCCUGGCGUGCAGGUUCACGGGCCACACUGCGAAGACUCGUCCUGGGCCACUGAGGCGUCCUAUGCUGAGCAUGCGGUGGAGUUGGCCAAGUGGGUGGAGGUCAGCUAUGAGGCCAAGGAUCCCGAAGGUGUUCAAGCCCGCGCCGAGGGCUGGCGGUGGCUUCACAAUGCUAUCACCUACAUCAUCCAGCUGGGCGAGGGCGCCUCUGCCAGGCAGGAUGGCAGUCUCGAUCCGAACCCUGGCGGCGAUACGGCGCCGUUGCUGGAUGCAGCUUGUCUAAACUCGGCGCCUGGUGUGCACAGACAGCGUGAUGGCUCCUCCGCCAGCCAGCUGGCGCGAGAGAUCGAGUCUUUCCAGGCGCUGGUCUACGUCGACCAGGGGCUCAACCACAGGCCCGACGCCACCGUGGAGCAAGCCCGCAGGCUCGCCUCCUACGCGCCGCUUCGCAUUGACAACCUGCGCGAGCUGCUGGCCGACAUCGAGGAGGACCUCCAGGCCGUCCACCAGGAGGCAGGCCGAGACAGCAGCAGUCGCUGGAAGGCGUGGUGUGACCAAGCUAGUGCUGGCGGUGCUCGUGGCCUCCACCGCGUCACCAAGGUCAAGGAUGCGCAGCAGCCGACUGUUGUUCACAGAGCCCGAG